AGCCUCGCCGCCAGCGCCCAGCGCCCAAAGGGCCCGCGCAGCGCGCCAGGCCCCGGCCGCGCCCCGCGGGCAUGCCCGGCGCCCUCGGCGGCCCCUACCCGCACACGGCUGCUGCGGCGAGGGUGCCCGCGUUGGCCGCGGCGGGCGAGCUGGCCGUGCUGGGCCCGGGCUCGGCGAGGGCGGCCGCGGGGGGGGGCAGUGCUCGGAGAGCGCAGAAGGCGGCCGCGGAGGGCGUGGCGCUGCUGGCGCGGGCCGACGUCAGCGAGGAGUGGACCAAGGCGGACGACACGAAGAUCGCGAAGCUGCGGGGGAUCCUGUCGGCACUGCAGGAGUCGAACCAGAGCACGCAGCUGCUCCAAAAGGAGAGCGAGGAUUCAGCUGCUCAGCGAGCCUUGGAGGCUACUCGGAUCAACGUGGGUACGCGCAUGCAGGCGUGCAAGGAGAUGGAGGAAAUGUUUACUCAGAAGCAAAACGAGCUCCGGAGGCAUUGGCUAGAGGAGAAGAAGCGGUUAGACCAGCUGGAGGAUAACAUCCAGAAGAGCCAGAAGAGGUCCCAGGACGAGCGGCUUGAGUGCCGCAAGCUUGACGAGGACAUACGAAUCCUCGAGGGCGAGCUGGCUGAACAGGAGGCCGUGAAGGCUGGUGAGCAGAAGAGGAUCCGGCUCACCUGCAGGUGCAAGGAGUUCAUGGAGGAGGUCGCGACGGAGUGCGAAGGGGAUUUUGCUGAGGUCGAGGAGAUCAUCAACCGGUAUAACACACUUGAACAGGGCAACGUCGAGCUUCACGCGGCCAACGCGGAGGUGGUCGGACGCCUCGACGAGCUGCGCGAGAGAUACCAGCGGGAGUCGUCGGCGCUGCAGAAUGAGCACCUGCAGGUCAGCAGCAAGUUGCACGACUGCCAGGGGCGGCUGGAACACGCGCGUGUGCAGAGCCAGCAAGUAGAACAGAGUCUGAACCGCGCUCUCGAGGAGAAGUCCAAAGACGAAAGCGAGGUCGGCGUGAUCAAGAUGGCGAUCGAGCAGCUCUUCGAGAGAGCACUCGCGUCCUGCAGGGUGGAGCAGCGGAGGAAGGCCAUGCGCGACGCGAUCGACUCCAAGUACGCGCCGGUCCGCAUGGACAAGUCCGACUGGCGUUUCGACGAGAUGCUGCGGCAGAUAGGCGAGCGGGUGGAGGACCUCAGGGACAUGCACAGACACGGGCACGAGAAGCCGCGGGGGCGCGAGGUGCCGCUCCGGCCGGCCGAGGGCGACGAGGCCAUCGGCGAGGUCAGCUUCGUGGUCGAGGCCCAGGUCACCAUGACGCCGAAGCAGGCCUCCGGCUCGGGCGCCCCGAGCCUCGGCCAGGCGCCCGCCCGGGCGGGCGCCGCGCGGGCCCAGGCGCGGUCUGCCGAGGCUCCGGCGGAACCACGGCAGGAGACGUUCGUGACGCAGGAGUGAGGUUUGCGAGGCCUUCGAGGAAAGGGUCGAUGGUCCUGGCCGUGCUUUUUGGAUGCGUGUGUAUGCUUGGCCGAAUUUGAUUACCGGUCUCGACCUGCAACCCAGAGAGGGACAGGCGCUGUCUAGGGGCAACCGACUCUUUGCCCUCGCUUGUAGAAGGUGUGUACAGCCUAAUUGUGUAUCACUGAUGCCCCUAGCCCAAUACAGGCUAGAGAUCGGGCCUGUUUCGCUGUCGCGUCGAGCGUCCAACUUGAUGAUGCUCAACUGUGUCUUUAUUUUAGCAGCCUUGCAGCGGUGAUGUGCGCUGGCCUUUCUUCUUCUCUUGUUGUUCCUCUCCCUCUCUCUCGCUCUCUGUCUGCACUCGCCUCUUGCACUGCCCCCCUCCUGCCCCCCCAGGCCAACCUCCUCUGCCUCCCAAUUCUUCGGUGGCUAGCGCUCCUUACGCAGAUUGCGCCCGGGUGGGGAUCACUGAGAGGCGGCGCGGGUGCGAUCAGCGCAACGCCAGCGCUCGGGCCUGGACGCCUGAGGACAAGCAGAGCGGGGCAGCGAUCCUCAUGCACCUC